AUGAAGCUCUCUAUCUUCGUUCCUCUGGCUACAUUCCUUGCCUUCUUCGCCGUUGCCGAGAAGGUAGAUGAUAGCCCCAGUGUUUGCCUUAACCGAUGCCUUAAUGAGGCCGCCGGAGUGGCUGGUUGCACGUCACAGUUCGAUAGUGUCUGUACCUGCCCCAGUGUACCCUUCAAAAAUACGCUUGCUCUUUGUAUCAAGGAUGCCUGUGAGCCGGCAGACUUGGAAGAGGCGAAAAAAUUACACCAGGAACGUUGUGGAGAUGAUGCAGAUGCCUAA